AUGGCCACAAACAUUUCUGAGGUCAUUGCGCAACUGCCGCUGCAUCUCCAGGAGCAGUUCCUUCGCUAUGAAGAAACACUGCGACCAAAUAUGUACGCUGCUUCAGGAGUCUCCCUGUUGCUCGUUUACGUCUGUGUUAGCCUUCGAAUCUAUGGUCGGCGCCUUCAAGGGCAAAGCCUGUGGUGGGAUGACUACAUGUCCGUUGCGGCUCUUCUGUUUACAUCUGCAUCUGCAGCGGUACUUACGUACCUCACAUACCUUGGCUUUGGUCGACACGAAAUAGUUUUGAUUUUGGAACAUUCGGAAGAGAUUCGGACUUUUCUGAGGAUGGCGGUCGCCUCGCACGCACUCUACAUCCCGCCCAUCUUCUUCUCCAAACUGUCCAUCCUAUUUCAGUAUCGGCGACUGUUUCCUGCCAAGAGGUUCAAAUCGGUCUUGAUUGCCGUUGGAGUCGCCACUGCCGUGUAUUGCAUUAUAUCCAUGAUUCUGCUCACGGCACUCUGCCUUCCGGUUCAUGUUCCAACGCUUGAGGAUCCACUGGCCCCGCCACUAACAUGUGUCAACCUCGAAUACAUGUUAAUCUGGAUAUGUUCAUGGAACGCAGCUCUCGAUCUAAUCAUUCUUCUGCUGCCGAUGCACUAUGUCUGGCGCUUAAAUACCACGUUUCGACGCAAGCUCCAGCUGACGUUUGUGUUCCUCUUCGGGUCUUUCGUCGUAGCCAUUUCGAUCCUUCGGACAUGGUACUUCAUGGAGUUUGACUUCAGUGAUGCUACAUGGACUGGCUCACCGGGCAAUAUGUGGACCGAGGUUGAGGCCUGCAUGGCGAUUGUUGUGGGGUGCUUGCCUGCGAUGAUGCCUAUCUUCCGUGGGAGUUGCUUUGGAAGACAGAAGCCAGGGGACAAGCCAAUCGCAAACAUCAAUUUGGUGACUUUCGGAUCCAGUGGGAAAAAGAACAAACUGAGAGAUCUCUCCGCUACCAUGACAACUACCGUCAAUGCUACGAGGACCGGUGAUGGAAAUUACACGGAUCUUACUGAUCAUGUCAGCCAUGAGGACCGGACCAGACAGUACAGCAGCGGUGGCAAAUGGUAA